AUGAGACAGAUUAAUGAGAAUUAUGAGCUUAAAGCCGAGAUAGCAAAAUUAAGGCAUUAUAUCGAUGAGCUUAAAAAAGAAUUAGAAUCUAAGAAAAACCGCAAAUUCCAGACUAGAUGCAUCCAGAUAGCUAAAAUUCUUAACGAGGAACCUAUUAUCGAAUAUCGCCCCUCUUUCAUGCAAGGAUUAGAGCUUGAUGCCUUCUUUCAAAAAUAUCGAAUCGCAUUGGAGGUGCAAGGGGCUCAUAGCACCAGAUGGUAUAAAGAUAUCAAAAAACUCGAGGACAUCGUUAAUCAUGAUCGGAAAAAAAGAUGCAUUUGUCUAGAUAAUGGAAUUUUCCUUAUUGAGGUAUGGUAUGAUCAAACCGGAAAUCGUUAUUCCAGAAAGGAUACAAAAAAUUAA